AUGGACCAUCCCGCCGUCCCCAACCGCGACCAAGUCGCCGCCCUCUACGAUAGCUGCGUAAAGAAUGCCAUGGCCCGUAUACGAGCCAAUAAAGGCAAGUAUAUCGGCGGCCGUGAUCUUGUCCUGAGGCAUUUCGCAACAGUCAUCGACGACGCAGUCGACACCGUCGCCGCGAAACAUGGUCCAGGCUUAAAAGCCGCCAGCAUCGACGUCGCACCGCUUGCUCAUCGCCUCAAAAUCAUGUGGCGCUGUAAAUGGACCUCUCUCAAAGGGCCACUUCGAGAGGCCCUCGCGUAUGCUAUCGACCGGCGAAUCGAUGCCAUCGAGGCCGAGUACGCCGACCUUUACUCUGAGUACGCUGCCAUCUCAAGUAUACCCGCCGAGGAGCUGGUUCGGGUUGAGAACGAAAUCUUCCGCUCAGUCGAUGAGAUACUGGAAUCAGAGCGGCCGAAGAUGCUUCAUCGGGCAGAGAACGAGUUCAAGGACGCCCUCGUUGUUGAGAUGGAGCUUGUGCUCCCCCCAAAAUACACUUGUACCCUCCCGAUCCGUCGGUCGUCUGUGUAG